AUGUCGCAACGCGGCGCAAAGGCCAAGGGGCCGUCCCUCACCGAAUACAAGGCCAUUGCCGCCGAGUGGGAAAAGGCGAAAAAGGCCAAGGAAGCGGCCGACGCCCAAGCGGUCAGCCAGGGCCUGCUCACCGAACGGGAGCGGGCCAAUGCCCUGCAGAAGAAGCGCGAGAAGCUCAACAAGCUGCGGCAGACGCGGUACGAGAAGCGCUGGCUGUGGACGGUCGCCUUUUGGGUCUGGAUGCUCGCCAUCCACGCCAUUGGGAUCUGGCUCUUCACGACGGGCUUCUUGCUGACCAGGCUCGUGCUCGACGAGAAGUCGUCCUGCGACGCGCCACCCAUUGACGGGACCAAGGGCCUCCCCACCCCGGACAAAGGAUGUUGGCACCCCAAGACGUUUGACCGCGCUGUCGUCAUUCUCAUUGAUGCUCUUCGAUAUGAUUUUACCGUCCCCCACGCUGUCGACAGCCCGCAUGCCUACCACAAUGCCUUUCCUGUUCUCCACGAGAUGGCCGUCAAGUCACCGCAGAAUGCCUUCCUCCGACCCUUCAUUGCCGAUCCACCGACAGCCACGCUGCAACGCCUCAAGGGCCUCACGACCGGCACCUUGCCUACGUUUAUAGAUUUGGGUAGCAAUUUCGGAGGCGAUGCGAUUGACGAGGAUAAUCUGCUCAUGCAGCUGAAGAAUAACGGCAAAAAGAUUGCUCAGAUUGGCGAUGAUACCUGGUGGGGUCUCUUCCCCAGCUACUUUGAGCCCAACAUCAGCAGGGCAUACGACAGCUUGAAUGUCUGGGACCUGCAUACUGUUGACAACGGCGUCAUUGACCACAUAUUCCCGCUUCUGGAGCCCAAGGCCAAGAGCCAAUGGGAUCUGCUCAUCGGCCACUGCCUAGGCGUCGACCAUGCUGGCCACCGUUAUGGUCCUGAGCACCCCGCCAUGACUUCCAAGCUGCAACAAAUGGACGAUUUUAUUCGCAAUGUUGUUUCCAAGAUUGAUGACGACACACUUCUCAUCGUCAUGGGAGACCACGGAAUGGACAGCAAAGGUGACCACGGCGGCGAGAGCGAUGACGAAGUGGAAGCUGCGCUCUGGAUGUACGCCAAGCGGCCCAUCUUUGGCCGCACUCUUCCUGAGCACGCUGUACCGCCCCCCAAUGCCAAAAUCCGGCCCGUGAAUCAAAUCGACCUUGUCCCGACGCUCGCGCUUCUUCUCGGGAUUCCCGUUCCCUUCAACAACCUCGGCAUGCCAAUUGAAGAAGCCUUUGCCGGCCCUCGCGGCAACGACUGGGCCAACCUGGCUGCUGUCUCUCGUGUAACCGCUGCCGGUAUCCAGCGCUACCAGAAGCUCUACUUUGAGACGCGCGGCAUCACGCCCGCGACCGACGAGGGCAGCCCUGCGUCGCUGUGGACCGCGGCCAACCAACAAGGCCUAUCCGGCCGAAGCCUCUACGAUGCGCUAGCCCUGUACCAAGCGCGCAAUCUCGACGUGUGCAAGGCUCUCUGGGCGCGCUUCGACGUGCCGCGCAUGGUCAUGGGCGUAUUCGUGACUGCCAUCGGCUUGCUCGUGCUCGUCAUGUACGCCUCGCGCACCGAAGAUGACGGGUACGUGGUGCUCAACAAUGCCGAGCUCGACUACGCCGAGAAGCAGCUCGCCGACUUGGACGACCAGGACGAGCCUGAGCACCCCGAUCAAUCCUUGCACCAGGACCUCCUGCACUGGGCCAUGGACGUGCGUGUGAUUGUCGUCGUCGCGACGCUGACCGCCGCCGCCGUCUUCCGGGGCCAAGCGCUGGACGGACUGGCCGCGCUCGUGGCGACCAUUUUGAUUGCCAGCACCGGCUGCGCGCUCUAUAAGCACGGCAAGACGCUACGCAACCUGCUCCCCGACACGUUCUGGGGUUGGCUGGCCGUCGUCUUCACCGUCAGCCACUCGCUCGGCUUCGCGUCCAACUCGUACACCAUCUGGGAAGACGCCAUCCUGCUCUUCUUCAUCACGACCUUUGGCGUCGCCACACUCGUCUCCUCGCUGCGCAUCGAGUCGUCGCGCGUCGACCGCUACAUGGGCGUCUACCACUCGGUCGCCUUUGUCGUCCUCGGCCGGCUCGCCUCGUACUCGAAGCUCUGCCGCGAGGAGCAGAUGCCGUACUGCCAGUCCACCUACUACAGCUCCAGCGCCUCGUCCACCUCGGCGCCGUGGCAGGUCGUCCUCCCCUUUCUCGCGGCCGUCGGCCUGCCCGUGCUCGUCAAGUCCUUCCUCACGCCCACGCGAUCCUACGCCGGCCUCGCCCCGACCUGGAUCGGCUACGUGUUCCGCUUCAGCCUGCUCCUCUCGGCGGCGUACUGGCUCGUCGACGCCGCCGACAAUGGCAAGUGGCUCGCCGCGCACCUGCCCCCGAUGGCGCUCAAGACGACGGGCGUCUACGUCGCGCAGCUCACGCUCGCCGUCACCGUCGUCGCCGGCACCACCGCCUUUGUGUGGGCGCCGCCCUCGGUCGCCCUCGUCCCCAGCGAGGGCCGCCUCACGAUCCUCGGCUACGCCAACGCCCAUGGCGCGCGCUACCUGCUGCUCCCCGUCAGCGUCCUUGGGACGUGCCUGCUGCUCACCAAGCCCAUGGGCGCCGCCGCGCUGUCCGCCAUGAUGUGGCAGCUGCUCGCCCUCUGCGAGAUCCUCGACCUCAACGGCCUCAAGACGGAGACGAUUGGGCCCGUCAUGCUCGCCGUCCUUGGCAACUUCUACUUUUUCAAGACGGGCCACCAGGCUGUGCUCUCGAGCAUCCAGUGGGACGCCGCUUUUAUCCCGCUCUUCGCCCUCCGCUAUCCGUGGGCGCCGCUCAUCAUUGCCGUCAACACGUUUGCCGCCCAGAUCCUCGCCGUCGCGAGCCUGCCCCUCCUCGCCCUCUGGAAGGUCGGCCCCAAGCAGCGCGGCGUCCUCGAGACCGUCUCCCGCGCCCUCGGCGUCUACAUUGCCUACUACGCCGUCGAGGCCCUCGCCACCAUCUCGUGGGCUGGCUGGCUGCGUCGCCACCUCAUGCUCUACCGCGUCUUUAGCCCCCGUUUCAUGACGGCCGCCCUGCUGCUGCUGCUUCUCGACGUCUUGGGCAUCUUGAUCACGCUGACAGGCGUGCGGAGCAACUCACUGGCAAUUAGUGAAGUGUUUGGCUGGGCUGAGUAA